UCCCCUGACGUCACUUCCGUGUCUGCGCCGCAUGAUGGCGGUGUCCAUGACGGAUCUGGCACAUUGACUCCGGCCGAUGUUGUGCAACUUCCCAUCGCGCUAACCUGAACCUGGGACAUUUUGUAAAUAGAUGCCAUUAUUAGAAAUCCUCGUGACUGAACCUUUAAUGAAUUGAUCCGGAGAUCAUGGCCCUUCACAGACUGUCCUUCAGACUACGACACACGGCAGUGCUCGUCCGGCCCCUUCACAGCAGUGCAUGUGGCCAGCAGCAGGAGGCCUUGGCUGCAGAGCCGGUGUCUGAGCCCCUCUCAGUCUUCAGGACGCAGGAGAGCGAUCCAGCAUGUCAGUCAGAAAAACAUGCUGGACAGUACUACACUCUGCCUCCUGAGCACGUCCGGACGCUGUUCCCUCAUGGUCUCCCCCCACGCUAUCAACUGCAGGUGAAGACGUUUAACGAGAGCUGUGUGAUGGUGAGGAAGCCUGCCCUGGAGGUCAUCUCUCACCUGAAGAAGACUGACGACAGCAAACCUGCCCUUCGCUACUUGUUCUAUGGGUUGAAGGGUAGCGGAAAGACAAUGUCUCUCUGUCACGCAGUCCACUUCUGCUAUACACAAGGAUGGCUGGUGCUGCAUAUACCUGAUGCCCACCUGUGGGUAAAGAACUGUAAAGAGCUGCUGCCUUCAUCCUAUAACGCCUCUCGCUUCGACCAGCCGCUGCAAGCCACAGAUUGGUUACGCAACUUCAGAAUCACCAACGAGCACUUCCUCUCAAAGUUAAAGACCAGGCAGCGCUAUGUGUGGACAAAGAGAGAGUUUACAGAGGAGGGAAGGCCAUUAGGAGAGCUGGUGGAUCAGGGUAUAUCCCGUGUGAAGAGCAGCAGUGACGUGGUGGGGGCGGUGAUGAAGGAGCUGAGACUGCAGAGCGGGCAGCCAGAUGCAGGCUUCAGACUGGCCGUGGCUGUGGAUGGUGUCAACGCCCUCUGGGGAAAAUCCACCAUCAAGAAAGAGGAUAAGAGCGCUGUGUCCCCAGAGGAGCUCACUUUGGUGUAUAACCUGAGGAAGCUGAUGAGGAACGACUGGAAUGGAGGUGCCAUCAUCACCACUCUGUCUCAAACGGGCUCUCUCUACACUCCUAACUCGGCUUACUUGCCUCAAGAGCUGCUGGGAAAGGAGGGCUUUGACAGCAUGGAUCCAUUUGUCCCGGUGCCAGUCCCCAACUACAGCGAGAAGGAGUUUGAGAGCUGUUACCUGUACUUUCUGGACCGCCGCUGGCUGCAGCAUCCACACAGCCGAACAGACGAGGGGAAGAAAGAACUCAUCUUUUUGAGCAACCGAAAUCCGUCUAUGUUGGAUCGACUUUGUGCCUUCUUGUGAAGUCACUUACACACACAACACACAAACACACACACACGUAUACAAACAUUUCUGUCCUAAAACACAUAUACACAAACAUAGGUGUCCUAUUACAUGUGUAUCCUUCCAUAAUUUAUGAUGCAUGUAUGUUUCUUUGAUAAUAAAAUAUAUAUAUAUAUAAGCAAA